CUCUCCAUUGAUCAACAACAGAGAGAGCUUAUUGUCUUUUCUAGCUGCCAGCAGUCGUACACUUUAAAAAAAAGGGCGGAGGCGAGAUGGAGAGGAAAGGAGCGUUCUAGCAGAAGAGGAGAUGGCGCCGACACGACGGUCAAGAGGACGCCCACCAAAGGUGGGUCAUACACGAAUGGAUGCAGCCUGGGAUGCAAUGCGGCCCUUUGGGUUCACGCAAUAUAUGGUUGUGAAAACGGUCAAGGAACUCUUGGAAGUGUAUGGUCAACAAGGAUGGCCUUUCAUUGAAGAGUUCUCCUACAAGGUCUUGCUUGAAGCCAUUCUUGACAAAGUAGAGGCACGGGAAAAGAAGAAGAAUGAUGCGGAUGCAAGUGCUUCAAACACAUUAGCUGUUGAGACCCCACUUGGAAUUACUGGUCCUGCUGCUUGCUCUGAUGAUGAACCCAUGGUUGGUGAGUUCCAGGUCACUGAAUCCCCUAACUCUGCAGCACAGACUAGCAAUGUUGUUCACCCUGAACAACCGGGAGACACGGACAUUGGAAGCUCAGUUGGAAUUACUGGCCAUGUUGCUUGCUCUGAUGACAAACCCAUGGUUUCUGAGUUGCAGGUCAUUGAAGUCCCUGACUCCGCAAGACAGACUAGGAUUGUUGUCCUUCCUGAACAACCGGAAGGCUUUGACAAGACACAGGAGCGCAGAUUUUACCAUGGCUGGAUUAGUAACAACUGGGAGAAGGAUCUCGUGGAGCUAAAACCAGGACCACUGGCAGAAAAAGCAGCAAAGCUUCUCCUGGGAAAUGUGCAUGAAAAGCGCAAGAGGUGGGAUGUUAAACCUGAGGAUAUGUAGGGUUCAUUAGUCGUCCAAUCUCACUUUCCUUGUGAAUCAUCAUGUCUGAAGCUUUGUGACUCUCUUUAACGCUUUAUUUCGAAAGCUAUAUGGUAUUUUAGUCUUGUUUCUAGUCACAAACUCAUACUGAAUGGAUAAGAAAGUUUUGUACAGUUUGAACUCUAUAACAUAAAUUAUUAGGUGAAAAUGAACCUCCUGCCAUUAAAGGCCAAUUUAGAAC